UGGCAUGACGUCAUUAAUGUGCGUCGCAUGUUUACAGUUAGAAAUGAACUCCAGAUUACAAUUUAUUUUAAAGCGUUUUGAUAGUGUGUCAUUUUAUAUUAAAGCGCGCUGGUAAAAGUGAUAAAUACGGACUAAAGAUAGGACGCUUAUUAUCGGAGAUAUUGCAUUGUUUGACUUUGUUUCUGAUAAUUUCUUGGCAGAUCCGUUUAAACCUUAUUCGAGGAUGUGAAACUUAAAGUUGUUGGAGUUAAAAAGUUGCUUGGGAAACCAUUUAUCUCAAGGAUUCACUCCGGUUUAAGGUGGUAGACAAAAGCUGUAUCUGAAUGAGAAAGGACGAGCAUGGAUAAAGAAGAAGAUUUGGAGAUACUUGGUGAACAGCUGUACUCUCUGAUCUACCCCAAACACAAGGAGGGUGCUGCAAAACUCACAGGUAUGUUACUGGAGCUUCCAGCUGCUGUUUUGAGCCAGAUGCUGCAGGAUGAGGCCAUGCUGACAGCAGCUGUGGAGAAAGCUCUCAGAGCUCUGCAGUUGGCACCGAAGGCCAGUGAGGUGGCACAGAAAGAUGAGGAUGAUGUGUCCGAGUCCUCCGACUCUCUGGGGGAGCAGCUGUUUGAGUUAGUGGAUGUUUACAACACUGGUCACUCACAGAAAAUCACAGGAAUGCUUUUGGAGCAGCACAAAGAUGUGGUUUUACAGCUUUUGUCAAACCCCAAACUCCUGGAGGAACAUGUGAAUCUCGCCCUGAAGACACUGAAAGAGCAGAAUAUAGAGGAGACGGACCUCAGCGACGCUUCAGAAGCUGACGAGACAGACAGGCUGGGAGAGAAGCUCUUCUCAUUGGUCGAGCAGAUGGAUUCACUGCAUGCGAAUGACAUCACAGGUAUGCUUCUGGAGAUGGACGCUGCUUCUCUCCAACAGCUGCUCAGUGACCACACAAAACUGCAGGUUGCAGUUCAGAAAGCACAGGCAGUGCUGGAUACUGAGAGCUGAGCUGGAUUUGUUAAACCCAGGUUAUGAAGACUUUGUGAUUUUAGACUAAAUUGUGAACUGGAUAUGAACGUGAGAUGACCGAUGAGUCUGAAAGACAUCAUUCUGCUGAAAUGAAGGCUUGUUUCUGAGUCCUUUGUUUGCAGUGUCUGCAUCCAAUGAAAAACGAAUCUGUACUGCUUCACUUUAGUGCCGAAUCUUUCAUGCACUUGAUUAGCGUCGUUUUGCCCCUACAUGAACCAAUCAAUCAAAUCUGCAUGGUUUUUCUUGAUAAAAUUUACACUAAUGCAUAAGAAUUAAUUUUCUUCUGUAGAGAUCUCACAGAAAUUUGGAUCAAGAUGCUGCUUUUCGUUUUGCAUUAUUGUAAAAAUAUUUUCAGCUGCUAGGAAAUAUAGCCGAUUUUCAAAUACAUUAAGGAUGCUAACUGUUGUAUAUAGUAGUGUCAGAACUAUCUCCAAAUACUGAUUAUAAAGAUAUUCAUCGUUACUAUUUCUUAGUCCUGUGUUCCGCUGUAGCAUUCAUAAGGAGGACGAAAAUGAAUGACUGAGCUAAUAUGGAUGGAUUUAUGUAAAUAUGUAAGGUUUAAUGUGCUGAUUUAUUUUUAAGUUUACGUUUUAAUUAUGUAGAAUAAGACUCACUAUCAAGGAAGGAGUAAUUGUGGCUGUUUUGAGCUCAAAAUAGCCAUUAGUGACACAAUUUAGCUAUUUGCAUCCAUUUUCUUAAAGUAGCUAAUUAUGUUGGACCCAUCACGUUUCAUCAUCCUCCAAAAAACAGAUUCUUUGGGGAAGGAGCGCUCCUGUUCCCCGUUAAAAUAUGAAAGUGUUUGGUUAAUUCAUUUCUGAACUUAGUAUCUAAAGGAGAAAGCUGCAGAGCAACUCUGUAGAUUAGAGAGCUUUAAAUGGAAAUGGAGUUUUUAAAAAUACAACAAUACUAAAGAAAGAUCUUUCUUUAUUCCUGACUGAAAACAGAUGUUAAAAAAUAUGAUAUCAUGUGAGUUUGUGAUGAAAUUAUUGCUGUAUUGAUUUCUAUAUUUUCAAAAUAAAUAUUUUAAAACCCAAUAAAUGUUACCACUACAAUA